AUGCAAGAUAUGUCUGUUUUUAAACGCUAUUUUCUUUCUUCUGGGAUUUUUUUGAUUUCUAAUAUAGCAUUUUAUUAUUUAUUUAAGCAAAUUAUAAAGAGUAUGGAUAUAUUUAGUGAACGUAAAGCACAAAUGAAGAAAAAAAGCAAUAAUAUUCUUCUUAAGUUUCAAGAAGAAUUUGGAGUAUCUGGGAAAGAAUUGAAUUUGAAUGAGUAUGAAAGAGAUAUUAUUACCGAAGUGGUUUUAAAUAAAGAUAUUAAUACUACUUUUGAUAUGAUUGGCGGUCUUGAAAAUAUAAUAUCUGAGCUCCGUGAAACCGUUAUUCUGCCUUUUAAUUAUCCAGAACUUUUUGUAUCUUCUAAAAUUCUUCAGGGUUUACCAAAAGGUGUUCUUCUUUAUGGACCUCCUGGAUGUGGAAAAACAAUGAUUGCUAAGGCUUUGGCAUAUCAUUCUAAUGCAACAUUUAUUAAUAUGCAUAUUUCUACACUUACUGAUAAAUGGUUUGGUGAAUCAAAUAGAUUGGUUGCUGCUCUUUUUUCUUUAGCUAAAAAGCUUGAACCAACAAUUAUUUUUAUUGAUGAAAUUGAUUCUUUUUUGGGAAAAAGGCAAAAAAUGGAUCAUGAAGCAACAUCUAUGGUUAAAGCUGAAUUUAUGAGUUUUUGGGAUGGAUUUUCUACUGAUGAAAAUUCCAGAAUUGUGAUUCUUGGUGCUACUAAUCGUCCUAAUGAUAUAGAUGAAGCUGUUUUGAGAAGAAUGUCGAAAAGAUUUUUUAUUCCUCUUCCAAACGCUUUUCAGAGGGAAAAGCUUUUAAAAUUAUUUCUUUCGGAUAUAAAGUUAGCACCUGAUUUUGAUUUUAAUUUUCUUGUUUUAAAAACAGAUGGAUUUUCUGGAUCUGACAUAAAAGAGUUAUGUCGUGAAUCAGUGAUGUCUCCUGUUCGUGAAUUUAUUUCAUUAAAUAUUGGUUUUAAUAAAAAAAAUCUUGAUAAUAUGCAAGUAAAAGAUAUUGGAAAACAAAUACGUGCCUUAGAAACAAGGGAUUUUGAUACAUAUCUUCACUCAUAUAAUGAAUUUAGAAAUAAUUCUGAUUUUUAUAAUAGCGUAGAUUUGGAUUAA